GAAAUUAUGAAUGACUUUGGUAUUUUUAGGGGGUGGUGGGUACGUCGACUGGUAUUAAUCUUUAGCAAGGCCGCGGAUGCAAGGAAAAGGAAAACUCCGAGAGGAAUUUAUUCGUUUUCACACCCACAAAUUUUCCUGCAGCGACCCCUCUUUUUCCAACAACAUGAAAAAUAUCCUGAUAGAGUUUCAUCCUUCAUGUUGUUGUUUCCAACUUGAUUUCGCGCCGAAUUAUACCGAAUCAUUGGCAAUAUUGUGUCGUAGUGUCACACUUGUUCCAUAGCGACAGUGAAGUUCGACAGUGAAGUUUGAAAGCUAUCCUUUCCGACAGUUUUCAUCAGCUUUUACUCCUUUUGUGCGAGUAUUUUGUAAGUUAGUCCUAGUACACCCCAGAACCUUACCCCACCCCAAAAGAAUUCCUCCAAGAUGGUGCGGAUUCAGAUCAAGGGUGGUAUCUGGAAGAACUCCGAGGAUGAGGUCCUCAAGGCGGCAGUGAUGAAAUAUGGGCUGAACAACUGGAGUCGAGUCAGUUCCCUGUUGGUCAGAAAAACCGCCAAGCAGUGCAAAGCAAGGUAUCUAUAGUGUCGUUGAUUGAAGAUGGGAUCUGAUCUUUGCAUGACAAAGCGCUCGAAUGCUGCGCGCAACCGCAUGACAGAUAAUGUUGUAUGGCAAAACAAUAAGAACAAUACCCUCGUCCUUCCGAAAACGAAACCGCAACACAAACUGUCAACUUUCUCAGGUGGUACGAGUGGCUGGACCCGUCCGUGAAAAAAACGGAAUGGACCAAAGACGAAGACGAAAAGCUACUCCACCUGGCAAAAUGCUUUCCCUGCCAAUGGCGGACGAUCGCGCCGGUGGUCGGGCGGACCUCGAACCAAUGCCUGGAGCGGUACGAGCGAUUACUGGACAUCGCCCAGAACCGCGAAAUGACGGAGGAUGACCCGCGAAAGCUCCGGCCCGGCGAAGUCGAUCCGCACCCCCACACCAAGCCAGCGAGAGCGGAUGCGCAAGAUAUGGACGAGGAUGAGUUAGAAAUGUUGACGGAAGCGCGAGCCAGGCUGGCGAACACGCGGGGUAAAAAGGCGAAGCGGAAAGCGCGGGAAAAACAGCUGGGGGAAGCGAGUAUGCAUUCUGCAAAAGUUUUGUCGUACUGGUAGUAGUUGCAUGUGCAUUACAGGUUUCGACGUCUCUGGGUAUGAUGAAAAUGGAGUUUGUCAUGCUGGAAAAUGAGGUAUUGAGUAGAACACGAAGAGAUAUUAAUCUGCCGUGCAGCAUUGCAACUAGUACAACGAGUGCGACACACCACGACUUUUGCCCAGGAUAAGAAGAAGAUUGGCGCAACUGCAGAAAUCCAGGGAGUUGAAGGCAGCGGGUGUGUCGCAGGAACGGCAGGAGUUUCUGAAGCGACGCAGAAGGCAGAUGGACUACGCACGGGAAAUUCCCUUCCUCCAGGAAAUCCCGAAGGGGUUCCACGAAACCGGGCCGGAGGAGAACCCGAUCUCGCAAAUCGGAACGGGGAAAGUCGCGUUGCAGCAAAUUGAGCAGAAAAGGCGGGAUCGGGAAGAGCAGAUAAAGCGGGCGGAGGACAACCGGAAACUGAAGAAGCUGCAGAAGGAAAAUCUCGCUGAGCACAUGGAAAUCGUGAACAAAAUGAACGACCCGGCGAGCACAAGGAAACGAGUGGAACUGGAUUUGCCCGCGCCGAUGCUGGAGGAGUGGGAGCUACAAGCACUAGCGAAGCACGGGGAAGAGAAUUUGAAACUGCAGGGCGCGGCGGGUGGGUUGAUUCAGUCCUACGAAACCCCCAUGUUGGGUGGCGGAAACACGCCGGGGCAAACGCCCUUAACCCAGUCGAAACUCGACGUGGUCUUACUAGAAGCGCAGAACGCGGCGAAACGGAACGAGAUGCAGACGCCGCUGGACGGCGAGGACAACCCGCAGUUACACGAUUCGGAUUUUACAGGGGUGUUGCCGCAGCGCAUGCGGAAGAACGACAAAGCGGGGAUGACACCGGGGGGGAUGACCCCGUCGAUUGGAUUCGGAUCCAGCACGCCUGGAAUGGGCGGGAUGACCCCCGGGCAGUCCAUGCACGGAGGUUCGCAAACGCCGGGGAUGACGUCGGGGGGAAUGACGCCCGGUCACUCGGGGCAGUCCGUAUCAGGUAUGAGCGGCAUGACGCCCGGCGGAAUGACGGGCGGACGGACACCUGGGAUGUACACGCCGCGAGACGGGCUGGGAUUGGCGUCCGAAAUGGACCCGAGCGAGGCGCAGAAUUACCUGCAGGGGCAAAUUAGGAACGCGUUCGCGAAUCUGCCGAAACCCAGCAGCAUGCUGGAGGUACUUUCUCAAAUAAACUGAUACGAAGUUUCAUCUCUUACUUUAGUUCAGUUUGGCAAGUCGUGAAUCCAGCACGCAUGAUAGACAGAAAUUAACACUGAUGCUUGUCUCUGCAUCACAACAUUGUUCCAUUUCCAACCUUCACUCUUCAUCCUAACCCUAACAGGUCACCAUGCCGGCGAACCUAGCCGAAGACGCGGACGACGACGGGGAGCCUGAGAUUAUCGAAGAUGCCGACGCGAAAGCCGCACGACUGCAGAGAGAGAAAGAAGCGGAGGAGAAGAGGAAACUCCUUCUCGCCUCCCUGGUGGUACAACGAAACCUGUUAAAAGAUGAAGCCACGAUGCUGGGCAAGCCCAACCCCGACACGGUGUACCAACUGCCCAUGCCAAAACUCCCGAACACCGUGCAAAUCACCUCUUCCUCCAACCUCCCGCUCGCGAUAGACGAGGAAUUAGCGAAGCCGGCGAAGAAUUUCGUCACUUUUAAGAGGAAGGCCGAGACGAAACUGAUAAGGGAAAUUCAGGCGCAGGUGAUAAGGGAUGCCUACGAUUUUGGGUCGGUGGAUAAGGCGACUUUGAAAAGACCCGCGGACUUGAAUGAGGAUUUGCGGCAGGAGGAACUGACCGCGAAAAGGAAAGUUUUGGAGUUGGAAAGGGAAUUGUUAAUCCAAGAAUUGGCGGAAUUUGACGCGGAAAGCGGCGACACCGUGCGGCCGAGGUACAGCUUAUGUCAUGCGCGAAAAGAAGCUGUUUUUUUUGUCACGCGCGAUAUGCAGGAGGAUCAGCCGGUGAGGUGUGAAUGAUUUACGUUACAGUAGAAUUCCUCUUGCUAGAUCUGGAUUCGACGUCCCCUUUGUCAUGCAGAAAACCGAAUACGUGCAUCUAUUUUCAAAAAAUGAAAUUAUCCUCAGUUACCCCGAGCACGUGGAGCUUACGGAGCUCUUCGAGGACCGCUACCUCCCCCAACUGGACUACAACGGUAAUUUCGUCGCGUUCACGGAGUCAGAUGCCCUCACUCCGGUCGAGAAACUGAACAGCUACCGCUUCCUCUUCGAGCGGCAAAAACAAAAAGUGAAAAACGAGUCGCAGAAGUCUUUGAAGAGAGAAAAGCAGUUGUCGAAGGUGUGGGGGUCGGAGUUCAUCCAAUUGAAGCAGGCGAAAGACCGAUUGCAGGUGUUGGAGAAAGAGCGGCUAAACGCGGUCCACGAGCUGGCCGUGUUUGACAAACUGCAGAAGGAUGAGGACCGCUUUUUGAAAAAGCGAAAAAUUGAGGGCACGGAAAUGGUGGAGCAGGAAAAGUUGCGAAAUAAGGAACUGCAGGCCGAGUUUGCUGCGUUGGAAAAGGUCAAACGCGAGUUGACGGAAAUGUUGGCUUAGAUGGAGGUGACAGAUUGCUGCGUUGCUAGUACAUCUAUGUGAAGCAGUACUAGGCAGCACUCUCUCGAGGACCGCGACCGAAUUCAGCGACUCUGACUCAAAGUUUGUUAUAUCCGUCAUAUCGACACUUUAGUAUCAUGUCGACAAGUUUUGCCAAGCAAGUCGAUGAAUGGAAGUGAAUCGAGCAAAGGAACACUCAGCUAC